UACAUUGUUAAUCGACAGCAUUGCCAAGUAAUGGACAGACCAAUUGGAUAAAAAAGAUUGAGGUUACACAAGGGACACACGCUCCCGUUUCACACUGUGAUGUGUCAUGAUGUGUUUGUUAUGUCGACAUGUGUUGGUGUCAGAUAUAUAAAUAAUGUGACGAAGUUGUCAUAAAAUUGAACAGCAAUUUAGACAGAGGGACACGCAUUCUGGAGGACACUGGCAAUCCUGGAUGGACUACUAUUGACGACAGUCGAAACCUGUAAUUCGGACUUUACGAGACGUAAAGGAGAGAGACGCAUUGAUUCUGUCAGAGAUGCAGACAUUCGUGAAAGGAAAGAGAGUUGGAUACUGGCUCAGCGAAAAGAAGAUUAAAAAACUCAGUUUCCAGACCUUCGUGGAUAUGUGCAGGAAACAAGGCAUAGAGAUGAUCCAGCUGGAUCUGAGCCAGCCAAUAGAGAAGCAGGGUCCAUUUGAUGUCAUCAUCCACAAGCUGACUGACCACAUUGUUGAUGCUGACCAAAAUGUCACAGAGUCUCUGCUGCUUGUUCAGGGCGUUCAGGACUACAUAGAUGCUCAUCCUGAAACAGUGAUUCUCGACCCUCUUCCAGCCAUUCGUACCCUGCUGGACCGCUGCAAGUCAUACAAGCUAAUCCAUAAACUUGAAGAGUGCAUGCAAGAUGACAGAAUCUGCUCGCCUCCAUUCAUGGUUCUCAAGAGUGAAUGUGGCACUGAGACUCUGGAGCAGCUUCAGAAACAUGGAAUCACGUUUCCCUUCAUCUGCAAAACCCAAGUAGCUCAUGGCAUCAACUCCCAUGAGAUGGCCAUCAUCUUCAGUGAGGAAGAUCUGAAGGACAUCAAGCCCCCAUGUGUCAUCCAGAGCUUCAUCAACCAUAAUGCAGUGCUGUAUAAGGUGUUUGUUGUAGGAGAGGCCUACAAUGUGGUUCAGCGGCCCUCCAUUAGAAAUUUCCCAUCUGGACCCACAGACAGGAGAGCAAUAUCCUUCAACAGUCAUCAUGUGUCCAAACCAGAGUCCUCUUCGGACCUGACCUGCAGGGACAACAUGGAGGGCCAGUACGGGGAACCUAACAAAGAUGUCAUUCAGAAAAUUUCCAGAAGGUUACGACAGGCCCUUGGCAUUUCUCUGUUUGGGAUUGACAUCAUCAUCAACAACCAGACCGGCCAGCACGCCGUCAUCGACAUCAACGCUUUCCCAGGUUACGAGGGAGUCCCAAAGUUUUUCGAUGACCUGUUGAGUCACAUCACCAGCGUCCUGCAAGGUCAGGUGUCUAAUGGAGCAGCGUGUGGUCAUCUGAGAUUGAACGGGAUAGCUCAGAGCCCAUCUGUGGCCUGCGGGAUGCACUGUGGCAUGCUGGGAAAUGAAAGCAGUUGGUUUAUGGACAGCGAGGGGAUAAAGAAGGGUCCCCAUCAGGGACUGAGUUGCGGUGGUGCUUGCAUGGCUCCAAACUUUCACCAGCAUGGCAGGUCGAGUUUAGCAGCGGAGACAUCCUCGCAGUGACGCCGCGAGCCAACGCAAUAGAAUAUUUCUUUACUGUUCAUAAACCAAAUGAACCCUCACCAAAGGGUAGGUGUAUAGAAGAUUCCUUUGUGCCAAAUGUGAAUUGUGUAGGAAAUGAUUGAAUGUGUCUUCUCAUUUAUUUAAUUUCAUGUUUGGAAUAUGAUUAGAUUUUUUUUAUGAAUGUUGCACUGAACUUGAUUUGCAGAAAUAGGGCUUUGUGGAGAAACUACACAUUUUAUUGAUGUUAAUAUAUUAAUGAAAUACUUAAAAGGACAAUUGGUGUCAUGAUUUGGGUGUAAGACAUUUAAAUAAGUGUCCAGCUGGCACUAAGGCUUCUCUUCUUGCAUGUAUCAUAAAUUCUGGCCAAAUAAGAGUUUGAAGCUCUUUAGUGCUGUCUGAAGCAAUCUGCUGGUAAUUAAUCUCUUAAAACAUGGCAACAGCAGCUCUGCCUGCUUUUUAAAAAAAUAAUAAUUUCAUAUCUGAAGGGCCCGUAAAAACCUCCCACACUAGCAGAUGCUAUGAGAUUGUAUAGGGGUUAUGCAUUGAUUGCAAAUAGAAAAUGAACAAACUUCACCAAAAAAAAGUUAACCCAAAAAAUUUAAUUCAGUCAUCAUGACUUUCUUUCUUCGUUAGAACACAAAAGAUAUUUUGAAAAAUGUUACAACUGAUUUUGUUGACACAAUGAAAGUCAGGGUUAAAACCACACUGAACUUUUCACUGAGCACUUUCAUUGUAUUGACAAAAAAAACACAUUUAUCAUUUUUUUCCUUCAC